GUGAGUAGUGACUAAGGUUUUUCCAGUGGGCGAUGCAAGACCGGAAGACACUAUAGUUGAAGGUGUGUGUAUAUAUAUAUGAGGUGACCCUGUUAAGCCUCGACUUACAAUUUAGAAAGAACAAGGAGGAAGAAAGCAGGUGACACCUUUGCGGAAGGCACACCAAGAAGAUGGCAGUGCCGGUUUACAGCAUCACAAGGGCAGAAAUCGAGGAGUUCUGGAGGAGAAAGGAGAUGGAAGAAAAGGAGCAGCGCCUUACUGCCGAGAAGGAGGCUGCAAGAAUCAAAGUCAAGACACUCAUGAUCGAGGAUUAUGCUUUGUUCGAGCAAAUGAUACUAGAGAUUCUUGAGGAGGGCAUCAAAGGUGGCAGGGCAAGGGAGGAGGGAGACACCACCACGAACGGCGCAGCUGCUGCCACCAAGAGCACUGAGGCAAGGAUUGGCAUCAAAGAUUGGUGGAGAAAAAGUACUUAUGCUUAUCUGAAUGAACCAGCAAUGACAUCCAUGGAUGAGAACGGAAGAAGGAAGCACGCCAUCAAAUACAUCCCACAUGAGAGAUGCAUGAACUUCUUCUCAUCGAUUCCAAGUCAACAUAAUGCUACUACUUUUGCCAUCUUCUAAAUGUGCAAGCCAAGGAUAAGCUGAGUCAUAUUGGCACAUUAGAAAAUAUGCAAGUGGCAUAUGCAUCCAUCAGCCAUCAUUGAAUCAGCUAUGCUACGGGUGGAAUAAACUACAUUGUUUUUAGUGUAUAAAUAUGUCGGAACCUAAUGGUACUUUGGAAUUAAUCAUUUGGUAACCUUGUCGGGUGCUUAGUACCAUCAUAAGCAGCCUAUUUUUAACUUACUAUUAAUUGUGAAAAACAUUUUUUAGUUGGUGCUUGUGGUACUAUCAGAAGCUAUUGCCAACACUUUUGUGAUUGUGUCACGCAUGUAUAUAUACAUAUAUUCAAUUAUUCAGCGUUGUACUA